AGGGCAUGUCCUCAACCCACCAUGAUGAUUUUCAAUAACACCACAUCCUCCCCUUCAACCUUCCUCCUCACUGCAUUCCCUGGGCUGGAACUUGCUCAUGUCUGGAUCUCCAUCCCUGUCUGCUGUCUCUAUAUCAUUGCUCUCUUGGGAAAUACUAUGAUCCUGUUUGUCAUCUUUGUUAAGCAGCGUCUCCACAAGCCCAUGUACUAUUUCCUCUCUAUGCUGUCAGCUGCUGAUUUGUGUCUGACCAUCACGACCCUCCCCACUGUGCUUGGGGUUCUCUGGUUUCAUGCCCGGGAAAUCAGCAUUAAAGCUUGCCUCAUUCAAAUGUUCUUUGUACAUGCUUUCUCCUUCCUGGAGUCCUCAGUGCUGGCAAUUAUGGCUUUUGACCGCUUCAUGGCUAUCUGUAACCCACUGAAAUAUGCCACUAUCCUCAAGGACAUGAUGAUUUUGGCAAUCGGACUAUUCAUUUGCGUACGACAAAUAAUUUUCAUCUUUCCCAUGCUUCUAGCCUUGAAGACUGUAUCUUUCCAGGAAAGAAAGGAGCUUUCCCAUCCAUUUUGUUACCACCCAGAUAUAAUCAGAGACACAUAUUCCAACCCCUGGAUCAACAGCUUUUUGGGCUUGUUUCUUCAGCUCUACAUGACUGGUACUGACUUAAUGUUCAUUCUUGUCUCCUAUGUCCUGAUAAUCCGUGCUGUCCUGAGCAUCGUGGCCCCUAAGAAGCAAAAAAAAGCUCUCAACACUUGUGUGUGUCAUAUCUGUGCUGUCACUAUUUUUUAUGUGCCAAUGAUCAGCCUGUCCUUUACGCAUCGCCUCAUUAGCUCUACUCCAAGGGUGAUUUGUAGCAUUUUGGCCAAUGUUUAUUUGCUCUUACCACCUGUACUGAACCCUAUCAUUUACAGCUUGAAGACCAGGACGAUCCGCCAGGCUAUGCUCCAGCUACUUCAAACUAAAGGUUCAUGGAGCCGUAAUGUGAGGGGUCUUAGAGGAUCGUGGGACUGA